UUGAGUUUAUGGUUCGUUCGACUUAUGCAAAAUGGCGAUGCUUGCUUGUCAACUUUGCAAUUCUUGAACGAAAGUCUACAUACCUACAUUAAGUUUGUGAACCGAAAUUCGUAAAGCUGCGCUGCCGCGCGGUUAAUUUGACGGAUGCAAAUACUUUUACAAAGAUAUUAUUUUGUUGCACAAAAAUGUUUUCCGAAGCGGAUUUUGAUAUGAAUGUUCUCGUGUCCAAUGUCGUAAGCCGGAAUCGGUACAGCCAUUGUAGGUUAUGUUUGAAAGCGAUUGAAAAUCAAACCCAAUACUUGAGAUUACACGACCCUAUUACUGUAAAUAAAUCAAACGGAUUCAAUCAACCUUUGUAUGAAAUAUUAAAUUCAGUCCUUGGAGAUCAUAAGAUAACAGAAGAUGUGCCUGGAAUAGAUGCGGUGUGCAUGGACUGUGCUGAAAAAUGCUUCGAAGCAUUUAAUUUUCAACAUCAAUGCAAAAACUCCACUUUUAUUCUAGACAAAGUUUUUACAAAUCUAUUAGAUAGUCUGAACUUGAAUAUUAAUAAUCACUGCAGUUUAUACAUUAGUGUAACUGAAUCAGACUCACAAUGUAAUCUAUUUAUGAAAGAACCGGAGAUUCAAUCUAGAAGCAGUUAUGAAAUCCCAAGAAAAAAAACAAAGAAAGAGGUUUUACACUGUCAGGAAUGUGAUGAGAUUGUGGAUAGUGUGGCCACUUUGAAAGUACACAAUAUUAGUCACCAUGGAACUGUGACAUGCGAGAUAUGUUACAAAACAUAUGUGAAUGAUGAAGAACUACAAAAACAUACAGAAACUGCACACAACAAUCAGUGUCCCAAAUGCCUGGUGGUCAAAAGUAAUGCUCAGAGCUUACAGGAUCAUUUAGAAAAAUUUCAUACUAACUUUAUUUGUAAAGACUGUGGAAAAUCAUUCCAAGGGCACGAUAAAUUAUAUGCACAUGAAAAGAAACAUCAGAUAUCAAAAAAUGCAUGCCCAAAGUGUGGUAAAUACUAUACAACUAAAGAAUUCUAUAUAAAACAUGUAAAGUUAUGCAUGGAAAACAAAAUAGAUCCCCAUCCAUUAAGAAGUAAAAUUGUAAAAACAGAAUUUUGCAACUUGUGUGGCAAAGGUUACAGUACAGAAAGCGGUUUGAGGGUUCAUAAGAGGUUUGUGCAUGGUAAUGCAAAGCAUCACGUCUGUCCUCAGUGCGGUAAACAAUUUACGGCACCCAGUUAUUUAAAAAUACAUAUGGUCACACAUACAGGCGAGAAGAAUUUCAAAUGUGAAAUUUGUAAAAAUAGAUUUGUUUCAAAAGAGGCUUUAUUGUAUCACACUCGAAGACACACUGGAGAAAAACCUUACUCUUGUCAUAUUUGUGAUGAGAAAUUUGUGAAUGCAUCCACCAGAGCAGAACAUGUCAAGUUCAAGCAUAUAGGGCCUACUCUGAAGUGUGACAUUUGUUCACGCAUGUUCGUCACUGCUAACUUUUUAAGGCAGCAUGUUAAAAGGCAUCAUAAUCCUACGAGCAAGCUUUACACUGGUAGGAGUCAGGUCCCUCCUGACUUGCCUGAAGAGCAGAAUAUUAGAAUAGUUAUGGCAAAAGAAAGUUAGGAUUUUAAGUGUUUCAAAUUCGAAAGCUAGUAUAAAAUGUGAAGCAUUUUAUUGUAUUAUACAAGUAUUGAUUGAAAUGAAUUCAUGAUAAACUGUUGUUAUAGAUAGAUAGAUAGAGACUUGAAUUUAAUUAGGCAAUUUGUGUUAGGAACUAAAUUUAUACUUUAUAUAGUCCUGUUUUUCCACAGGGGCAAAAAGAAAAUUAAUUAUAGGUAAAAAUAUUUAUGUAAUAAAAAAUCUAUAUUAA